AUGCUCGCGGCGCCGCUGUCGACGUCCGCGACGCAAUACUCGGCCAAGGCAGCUGCACCGAAGAAAAAGGUCGCAGUGCGCAAGGGCGCCGGCGCACAGCAGCGCAGCACCGGCGGCCGCCGCAAGGGCGGCGUGGAUACCGCAAGCUCGCUGGCCAAGGCCUCGGGACACUACCAGAAGACACCGGAUAUGGCGGAGCUGCCUGAGCUCGACGCGUCGGCGAUCGCGCCGGCAGCGAUCGGCACGCCCGUCGCCUGGGCGCCGGCAGCGCUCAAGGCGAUGGACGCAUUCGGCCUGCCGCGCGAGCUGCAGCGGCGGCAUGCGCUUCAGCCGCGCCCGCGCUCUGUCGUGCGUGCGGCGAGCGUCGAGCUAGUCGAGGGCAUGGAAAAGGGCGCGGCGAGCGGCAAGCCGGCCGGUCGCCAGCUCCUCGUCGGCGAGCCGGGCUGCGGCAAGUCGACCUACCUCUUGCAGGCGGUCGCGCACGCGAUCGCGUCGGGAUGGGCGGUGGUGUAUGUGCCCCGCGCGAUCGACUGGAUCAACUCGUCGACGGCCUACACCUACAGUCCCGCGCUGCAGACUUACCUGCAGCCGGACAUUGCGACCGACCUGCUCAAGGCGAUGGCGCAGGUGAACGGCGGCGUGCUCAAGCGCGUCAAGUCGCACGCGCCGCUCGUCGUUGACGGCGCCGAGCUCUUUGCUCAGGGCACGCCGCUCAGCGAGCUCCUCAAAAAGGUCCUCGCCGAGCACCAGAGCCCGGUGGCCCGGCAGCUCGCCCUCGAGCUCGUCUGGGCGAGCCUCGCACAGCAGACCGACGUCCCGGUGCUGGUCGCUGUGGACGACGUCCAGGCGCUCUUUGGCGCGACGCGCUACCGCGACGCCGACUUUGCGGCGCUCCAGGCGUACGAAAUGGCCGUCCCGCGUGCAUUCCUCUCGCUGCUCUUUGCGCCGCAGGCCGAGGGCGUGAGGAGGGGCGCGCUGCUCGCGGCACUCAGCAUGGGGCACUCGGAGUACCCCCCAUCGCCGGAGCUGCUGGUGGCUUUGCGCGAGGCGAGCCGCGGCGAGGGCGCGCCGGUCGCGUGGGAGCGCGUGAUCGACACGCUCUCGUCGCCGACUUCGCCGACGCGCGUCGCUGAGCCGCACGCGUACACGCCGACGCACCCCCAGCACCUCGAAAACGCGCGCAAGGCGAACCUUGCGCUGCUCGAUGUCGGCGAGCGCCUGUCGCGUCCCGAAGCAGCGUCGCUGCUGGACCUGAUGCGCCGCGAACGCAUGCUUUGGGCGACGCCGAACGACGAGCUGUUCCUCGGCAAGCUCGUCGAGAGCAACGGCAACAUUCGCGUGUUUGAGCGCAGCUGGCGCUCGAGCUUGGUAUAG